AUGAGCCCUGCUGAAAAGAAAUCAAUGUUAUCAGCAAUAAUCUGCUCUAGCAGACCAGAACCUGCCGGACACUGCAAGGAGGAGCAGCGAUGCACAUCGGGAUUGCCGACCGCUGAGCCGUCAAUCAGUCCAUGGCUGCUGGAGCCCUCCAGCAAAUUGAUGGGAUUCAGAAGCACGGAAGACCUACCAGAACAUGCCGAUAUUGUCAUCGUCGGCAGUGGCAUCACUGGCGCCUUUGCAGCGCAUUUUCUAAAGGAGGGAUGGGCCAAGGAUCUCAGCGUGGUCAUGCUAGAUGCCAGAGAGGCAUGCUGGGGAUCUUCUGGGCAGAACAUUGGAUCUAUCGACACAUUGAUUUUCGAUAACGCCUGGGACGUGUCUGCCAUGAGUCUAGAGAGCAUACAGUUACUGCGGGACUUUGUCAGGGAUAACGAAAUCCCCUGCGAAUGGCAAGACUGCCUGGGCGUGUACGUGACCCAACAGCCGGUGAUCGGCUACAGCAGCGCCAGCGUGGCCGACAUCAAAACCGCCAUGCCCGACUCGCUGGGCCAGGUGAUUGACGCGGUGACCUGGGACCGUUCCGUCACGUCUUCUCCUCCUAUCCGUGUUGACAGAGACCCCAUGGCGACCGGCGGCGGGUGGGACGUCGAAAAGAUCAGGGAGACCCUUGCCGGCCUGGGGAUGCAGGACUCGGACGGUGUGGUGCUGCAGGCCAACACCGCCACCGUCCACCCGUACAGGCUCGUCGCGUGGAUCCUGGAGCGGCUGCUCGAGCGCCACGAGGCAGACCGCUUCGCCCUGCACACCCACACUCCCGUGACGAGGUUGUCACAGCGUGACGGUGGUGGUGUUGCUGCCGACGGAUCAGAUCAGAGGAACUGGACGCUGGCCACGCCCCGCGGCGAGAUCUCGGCUGGGAGGGUCCUCCUCGCCACCAACGGGUACACGAGUGCGCUGCUCCCCGACCUCGAGGACCUGAUCAUUCCGGUGCGGUGCCAGGCUGCCGCUGCCGCCCAGACCGGAGGUGUUUCUUUGAAAAAGGGGCCGGUGGAUCUGGAGAACAGGAUCUACACAUUUCUCUGCGAGGACGGCAAGCGCGCGGAGCGCCUGGUGCAGAGGGGUGGAUCCGGAGGCCAGUUGAUAGUCGCCGGUGGCAGGCACGUCGCUGCUGACUUUGGGGUUGGGCAUUGUCGUGACGACGUGACCGAGCCCAUGGUCGAGCGGCACCUAGAAAAUAUCUUGAGGGGGUUCAUGGACGGUGAGAGAAUGAACGAGACAGAAAGCCGCGCGGACCUGCCCGAGGUUAGGCAUUGGGCGGGGAUAGAAGGCUAUGCUCGAGAUUACAACCCAUGGGUCGGCGCAGUACCCGAAUCUCUCGGCGGUGGGCCCGGACUCUUUCUGUGCGCGGGCUACACGCUGCACGGCCUCGCCAUGGCACCGCUGUGCGCCAAGCGCGUGGUGCAGGACAUGAUGAUGACGAACACCGGCGGGGACCGGGACGAUGUCGACGGAGACGAUGAGCUCAUCCACGAGAGAGCGCUACAAGAACGUCCCGCGACCCAAGACAUGCUGCAGAUCCCCUCCAAGCUCGUAUCGACGUCUGGACGCGUCGAGAUCGCGAUGGAGGACUGGCCCGAUGUGCAAACCAUGGAGGAGGAAGGGCUGGAGACGUAUAUCAGGGCGGCGGUCGGCCAGAUAAUGAAGGGGAGGAAUACUGUCCCGGGCGACUUGAGAAUUCCCGGCGGCUUGAGGAGGUUUGAGGGAAGGGGUGCGACGGGGCGGAGGUGGUGA